GGCGCCCACAGUGAGCUGUACACGGCUGACCCAGAGCCUUCUGGGAGACCGAGUCCCACCGCCCGCUUCCGCAUUUUCUGCGGCUCGGAUCCUCCCGCGCGGGUUCGGCCCAGGUUUAUCCUCCUUCCCCUGAACAGAAGCGCAGGCCCUGGCCUCCCUCUGCACUUAAGUCGCUCUUCUCCUAAGCUCUGAACUACCCACGGGUCCACAACAACCACAGCCGUCCUGUCUCUCAGAUCAGGGCUGUAGCAAGGAGCUGUGCAACUGGCCCUUAAAGGCACCGCCAUCCCUCUGAAUGGACAGACCUAAUUGAAACGCCGUGCCCCGUGACCCCGCGAUGCCCGCCCCGACCUGCGCCUCCUGCCACGCGGCCCGCGCCGCCCUCCGCCGCCCACGCUCGGGGCAGGCGCUGUGCGGACCCUGCUUCUGCGCCGCCUUCGAGGCCGAGGUGCUGCACACGGUGGUCGCGGGCCGCCUGCUGCCGCCCGGCGCCGUGGUGGCUGUGGGCGCCUCGGGCGGCAAGGACUCCACCGUGCUCGCGCACGUGCUGCGGGAGCUCGCGCCUCGCCUGGACGUCGCGCUGCGCCUCGUGGCCGUGGACGAGGGCAUCGGUGGCUACCGUGACGCGGCGCUGGCGGCUGUGCGACGCCAGGCGGCGCUCUGGGAGCUGCCGCUCACCGUCGUGGCCUACGAGGACCUCUUCGGGGGCUGGACGAUGGACGCCGUGGCCUGCAGCACGGCCGGCACCGGCCUCGGCCGCUCCUGCUGCACCUUCUGCGGGGUGCUGCGGCGCCGAGCGCUGGAGGAAGGGGCGCGCCUCGUGGGAGCCACGCACAUCGUGACCGGUGAGCAGCCGCAAAAACAAAUAAAUACAAAAAGUAAAAAUAAUAAAAAAGAGAAAGAGGAAAGAGGUGCAGCAGGCGGGUGCCGAGCGCGCCCCGAGUCCUCCGGGGCAGCUGUGCGGGCUUCUGGCUGUGCCUUCCUGCGCGGCGACUGGUCGAGGGGGCGCCCUGCCGCGUUGCAGUUCACCUCACAGAAGGAGGUGGUGUUGUACGCGCACUUCCGCCGCCUCGACUACUUCUCCGAGGAGUGCGUGUACGCGCCUGAGGCCUUCCGCGGCCACGAGCGCGACCUGCUCAAGCGCCUGGAGGCGGGGCGGCCUACAGCGGCCCUGGACCUCGUGCACUCGGCUGAGCGCCUGGCGCUGGUCCCGGCCGUGCGGCCCCCGCGGCCCGGCGCCUGCUCCUGCUGCGGGGCGCUGGCCAGCCGCGCGCUCUGCCAGGCCUGGGCACUGCUGGAGGGCCUGGCCCGCGGCCGGCCCCGCCUGGCCAUCGGCGAGCGCGAGCACCGAGGUGCAGGGGACGCGGAGGGGCCGCGGGGCCUCGCCCAGGCCAAAGUGAAGGCCGCCGCCGCCCUGUAG